UUUUGUCUCGUGCCUCAUUUAGAUCUACUGGAGAUCGUUGAUCAUCCUGGAAAUUUUUAUGAAAAUUGUGGGAGCUCCUGCGAAUUCACCAGUCCUCGUCGUGUUUACUGCAGUCUCUUGUUAGUGUUAAUCUUCUGCAGACACGAGCUAUUGAUUGGAUGUUGUACGUCAAACUUUCCUUGUGUCUUUAUCCUAGAUUGGGAUACAUUACAGUUUGUUUUUGAAGGUCGUUUAUCCUCUCCUGGAUGUUUGUCGAAAUUCUACCAUAAACUUAGGAUUGUUAUUCCACCCAUAAAAACUCAUUUACGGCCACGUUUAUCAGCCAAGAUUGUAGCUAAAGCCGAAAGUAAUUUUUCAUUAGGCUCAGAGUUUGAUUUAUCUUUAUUUCUUCUUACGGGACCCCUAUCCCAGCCGUUGUAACCAUCGUAGGGUUCGCAGAGAUGGUGACAAGAAAAUAGCUGCCUUACAGAUUCGCCCAAGCCUCGUCGGUCAGUUACACAAGCUUUGAAGUUUAAAUUACGCUGCAAGGAGGGUCGCCGGCUUUCGAUAUAACUUGCUAGGUCUUGGUCCAGUCCAAGUCCCAAUGAAAUGGACAACAGUGGCAUUACUUCCCGGCAGCAGAGAAGUUCAAGCGCCAUAGUUAGCAGCAGCGACAAUGUCUCGGGAAGUAGUUCCACAGUGAAAAGCGACACCAACCAUUCUGUAUUCGUUAAUCACGCAUUGAUACUUUGGAAAGAGAGACGACAGGAAUGGGUGGGAACUCGACAGCGGCCCAAGGCUAUGGAGCCUCGAGAGCCUGUUAUUAGCUGGAGCACAACGUAUGAGGAUCUGCUUGCCACCAGCCGUCCCUUUGCACAGCGCAUACCAUUAACUGAAAUGGUCGACUUUCUCGUGGACGUAUGGGAGCAAGAAGGCCUGUACGAAUGAUUUUAUUUAUGGUCAGAACUCAAGCUUGGAUAGCUCUACUUCAGCAAACAUACGGAAAUUUUGGAAGAUUUAUACCAAUUUGUUUUUGGUCCCCACUGAAGCACGGUUUCGAGUCUUAAAAGAAAUGAUCAAAAUGUGCAUCUUCUCUAGAGUUUGAAGUAUGUUUCCAGUAGAGUUAUGAUGCUUAGUACUAAACGACUGGUUUUAUCCAAUUAGUCAUGUACGUUCAGAUUACCGGAAAUAUAUCUUUGACAGAAGUACUGCUCCCCACUUCUAAGGCUCUCUUUGGCUUGGAGAAUUAAAAGAAUGGGAAUCCACGAGUUGGCUUCAUGAUCAAAGACUAUUACAUGAACAUACUCUUCAACGAAGCUUCUACCAUUUUAAGGUCCAAUUUGCUGUCAGAUCCUUCAGUAGAGGUGUUGCAUUGGAGAUUCCCUUUCCAUCUGAUGUGAAGUACGUAUGCAGACGGAGUUAGUGGUGCUGCUAGAUCGAAUUUAUUGAACCGGAAUCUUCAGCAGACACUUGGAAAUUUUGAAUACCGAACGUUUUUUA